AGUGAGUGUCAGAACAGAAAGCUAAGGCAGAAGCAGAAAGGAUGCUAUGGUCGUCCUUUCUUGUUUUUUUUUUUUAUUUUUCAGUGAGGCUAGAACACAUGUGAGGUUUUACUUUCUGCUCUCAUUGAAAUUCUGAAGAACUGCACUGGAGACUAUUAUAUUCCACAUAUAUAUGGAUUCUGUGCUACGAUUUACAAUUCCCUUUCUUUCAGCACUUUCUUAUGCAAGGAGCUAAACAGUGAUUAAAGGAGCAGGAUGAAAAGAUGGCACAGUCAGUGCUGGUACCUCCAGGACCUGACAGCUUCCGCUUCUUCACAAGGGAAUCCCUUGCUGCUAUUGAACAACGCAUUGCAGAAGAGAAAGCUAAGAGACCCAAACAAGAGCGCAAGGAUGAGGAUGAUGAAAACGGCCCAAAGCCAAAUAGUGACUUGGAAGCAGGAAAAUCCCUUCCAUUUAUUUAUGGAGACAUCCCUCCAGAGAUGGUGUCACAGCCCCUGGAGGACCUGGACCCGUACUAUAUCAAUAAGAAAACGUUUAUAGUAUUGAAUAAAGGGAAGGCCAUCUCUCGAUUCAGUGCCACCUCUGCCCUGUACAUAUUAACUCCCUUCAACCCUAUUAGAAAAUUAGCUAUUAAGAUUUUGGUACAUUCUUUAUUCAAUGUGCUCAUUAUGUGCACUAUUCUUACCAACUGUGUAUUUAUGACCAUGAGUAACCCUCCAGACUGGACAAAGAAUGUGGAGUAUACCUUUACAGGAAUUUAUACUUUUGAAUCACUUAUUAAAAUACUUGCAAGAGGCUUUUGUUUAGAAGAUUUCACAUUUCUACGGGACCCAUGGAAUUGGUUGGACUUCACAGUCAUUACUUUUGCGUAUGUAACAGAAUUUGUAAACCUAGGCAAUGUUUCAGCUCUUCGAACUUUCAGAGUCUUGAGAGCUUUGAAAACUAUUUCUGUAAUUCCAGGCCUGAAGACCAUUGUGGGGGCCCUGAUCCAGUCGGUGAAGAAGCUCUCAGAUGUCAUGAUCCUGACUGUGUUCUGUCUGAGUGUGUUUGCACUAAUAGGCCUGCAGCUGUUUAUGGGCAACCUGCGGAAUAAGUGUUUGCAGUGGCCCCCAGAUAAUUCUUCCUUUGAAAUAAACAUCACUUCCUUCUUUAAUAACUCAUUGGAUGGGAACGGUACCAUGUUUAAUAGGACAGUGAGCAUGUUUAACUGGAAUGAAUAUAUUGAGGAUGAAAGUCACUUCUAUUUUUUGGAAGGACAAAAUGAUGCUCUGCUUUGUGGCAACAGCUCAGAUGCAGGCCAGUGUCCAGAAGGAUACAUCUGCGUGAAGGCUGGUCGGAACCCCAACUAUGGCUACACAAGCUUUGACACCUUUAGCUGGGCCUUCCUGUCCUUAUUUCGUCUCAUGACUCAAGACUUCUGGGAAAACCUUUAUCAACUGACACUACGUGCUGCUGGAAAAACGUACAUGAUAUUUUUUGUGCUGGUCAUUUUCUUGGGCUCAUUCUACCUGAUAAAUUUGAUCCUGGCUGUAGUGGCCAUGGCCUACGAGGAACAGAACCAGGCAACACUCGAGGAGGCGGAACAGAAAGAGGCUGAAUUUCAGCAGAUGCUCGAACAGUUAAAAAAGCAACAAGAAGAAGCUCAGGCAGCCGCUGCCGCAGCAUCUGCUGAAUCGAGAGACUUCAGUGGUGCCGGUGGGGGAGGAGUGUUUUCAGAGAGUUCUUCUGUGGCAUCAAAAUUGAGCUCCAAGAGUGAAAAAGAGCUGAAAAACCGAAGAAAGAAAAAGAAACAGAAAGAACAGUCCGGAGAAGAAGAGAAGGAAGACAGAGUCCGCAAGUCUGAAUCUGAAGACAGCAUUAGAAGAAAAGGUUUCCGUUUUUCCUUAGAAGGAAGUAGGUUGACAUACGAAAAGAGGUUUUCUUCUCCACACCAGUCUUUACUGAGCAUCCGUGGCUCCCUGUUCUCUCCAAGACGCAACAGUAGGGCGAGCCUUUUCAGCUUCAGAGGUCGAGCCAAGGACAUUGGCUCCGAGAAUGACUUUGCUGAUGACGAGCACAGCACCUUUGAAGACAACGACAGCCGAAGAGACUCCCUGUUUGUACCGCACAGACACGGGGAGCGGCGCCACAGCAACGUGAGCCAGGCGAGCCGCGCGUCCAGAGUGCUGCCGAUUCUGCCCAUGAACGGGAAGAUGCACAGCGCGGUGGACUGCAACGGAGUGGUCUCCCUGGUCGGCGGCCCUUCAGCCCUCAUGUCUCCCACCGGGCAGCUCCUGCCAGAGGGAACAACUACUGAAACAGAAAUAAGAAAGAGACGGUCCAGUUCUUAUCAUGUUUCCAUGGAUUUGUUGGAAGAUCCUGCAGCAAGGCAAAGAACAAUGAGUAUAGCUAGUAUUUUGACCAACACCAUGGAAGGUACGUCAAAAGUCCUUUUCUGUGAAAUUGAUUUUCAGAAGCUAAAUGCAACUAGCUCAUCUGAAGGCAGCACUGUGGAUAUAGGAGCUCCCGCUGAGGGAGAACAACCUGAAGUUGAACCUGAAGAAUCCCUGGAACCGGAAGCCUGUUUUACGGAAGACUGUGUGCGGAAGUUUAAAUGUUGUCAGAUAAGCAUAGAAGAAGGCAAAGGAAAACUCUGGUGGAACUUGAGAAAAACUUGCUAUAAAAUAGUGGAGCAUAACUGGUUUGAAACCUUCAUUGUCUUCAUGAUUCUGCUCAGCAGUGGGGCCCUGGCCUUUGAAGACAUAUAUAUUGAGCAACGAAAAACCAUUAAAACCAUGUUAGAAUAUGCUGACAAAGUCUUCACUUACAUAUUCAUCCUGGAAAUGCUUCUCAAGUGGGUCGCAUAUGGCUUUCAAAUGUAUUUUACCAAUGCCUGGUGCUGGCUAGAUUUCCUGAUCGUUGAUGUCUCAUUGGUUAGCUUAACUGCAAAUGCCUUGGGUUACUCAGAACUUGGUGCCAUCAAAUCCCUCAGAACACUAAGAGCUCUGAGGCCAUUGAGAGCCUUAUCCCGAUUUGAAGGAAUGAGGGUUGUUGUCAAUGCUCUUUUAGGAGCCAUUCCAUCCAUAAUGAAUGUACUUCUGGUUUGUCUGAUCUUUUGGCUAAUCUUCAGUAUCAUGGGAGUGAAUCUCUUUGCUGGCAAGUUUUAUCAUUGUAUUAACUUCACCACUGGAGAGAUGUUCGACGUGAGCGUAGUCAACAACUACAGCGAGUGUAAAGCCCUCAUAGAGAGCAAUCAAACUGCCCGGUGGAAAAACGUGAAAGUAAACUUCGAUAACGUGGGACUUGGAUACCUUUCUCUGCUUCAAGUCGCCACAUUUAAGGGAUGGAUGGAUAUCAUGUAUGCAGCUGUUGAUUCACGAAAUGUAGAAUUACAGCCCAAGUAUGAAGACAAUCUGUACAUGUAUCUUUAUUUUGUCAUCUUUAUUAUUUUUGGUUCAUUCUUUACUCUGAAUCUUUUCAUUGGUGUCAUCAUAGAUAACUUCAACCAACAGAAAAAGAAGUUUGGAGGUCAAGACAUUUUUAUGACAGAAGAACAGAAGAAAUACUAUAAUGCAAUGAAAAAACUGGGUUCAAAGAAACCACAAAAACCCAUACCUCGACCUGCUAACAAAUUCCAAGGAAUGGUCUUUGAUUUUGUAACCAAACAAGUCUUUGAUAUCAGCAUUAUGAUCCUCAUCUGCCUCAACAUGGUCACCAUGAUGGUGGAAACUGACGACCAGAGUCAAGAAAUGACAAACAUUUUGUACUGGAUUAACCUGGUGUUUAUUGUCCUGUUCACUGGAGAAUGUGUGCUGAAACUAAUCUCUCUUCGUUAUUACUAUUUCACCAUCGGAUGGAAUAUUUUUGAUUUUGUGGUGGUCAUUCUUUCCAUUGUAGGCAUGUUUCUGGCUGAGCUGAUAGAAAAAUAUUUUGUGUCCCCUACCCUGUUCCGAGUGAUCCGUCUGGCCAGGAUUGGCCGAAUCCUACGUCUGAUCAAAGGGGCCAAGGGGAUCCGCACGCUGCUCUUCGCUCUGAUGAUGUCCCUUCCUGCGUUGUUUAACAUCGGCCUCCUGCUCUUCCUGGUCAUGUUCAUCUACGCCAUCUUUGGAAUGUCCAACUUUGCCUACGUUAAGAGGGAAGUUGGAAUUGAUGACAUGUUCAACUUUGAAACCUUUGGCAACAGCAUGAUCUGCCUGUUUCAGAUUACCACCUCUGCGGGCUGGGACGGUUUGUUGGCACCUAUUCUCAACAGUGGACCUCCUGACUGCGACCCUGAGAAAGAUCACCCUGGAAGCUCAGUUAAAGGAGACUGUGGGAACCCAUCUGUUGGGAUUUUCUUUUUUGUCAGUUACAUCAUCAUAUCCUUUCUGGUUGUGGUGAACAUGUACAUCGCUGUCAUCCUGGAGAACUUCAGUGUUGCUACUGAAGAAAGUGCAGAGCCCCUGAGUGAGGAUGACUUUGAGAUGUUCUACGAGGUUUGGGAGAAGUUUGACCCCGAUGCCACCCAGUUUAUUGAGUUCUCCAAGCUCUCUGAUUUUGCCGCUGCCCUGGAUCCUCCUCUUCUCAUAGCAAAACCAAACAAGGUCCAGCUCAUCGCCAUGGAUCUGCCCAUGGUCAGUGGGGACCGGAUCCACUGCCUCGACAUUUUAUUUGCCUUUACAAAGCGUGUUUUGGGUGAGAGUGGAGAGAUGGAUGCCCUUCGAAUACAGAUGGAAGACCGGUUCAUGGCAUCGAACCCCUCCAAAGUCUCCUAUGAGCCCAUCACCACCACUUUGAAACGCAAACAAGAGGAGGUGUCUGCUGUCGUUAUCCAGAGGGCUUAUAGACGCUACCUCUUGAAGCAAAAAGUUAAAAAGGUUUCCUCUAUAUAUAAGAAGGACAAAGGGAAAGAAGGUGAUGGAACGCCUAUCAAAGAAGAGGCCCUCAUUGAUAAACUAAAUGAGAACUCAACGCCAGAGAAAACCGAUGUGACUCCUUCCACCACUUCUCCACCUUCGUAUGAUAGUGUGACCAAACCAGAAAAAGAAAAAUUUGAAAAAGACAAAUCCGAAAAGGAAGACAAAGGGAAAGAUAUCAGGGAAAGUAAAAAGUAAAACAAGAAACAAAGAAUACUUCAUUUUGUGAUCCAUUGUUUACAGCCUGUGAUGGUGAUGUAAUUAGUGUCAACAGGAUUCCCACAGAAGGUCUAUGCCAAACUGACUGUUUUUACAAAUGUACACUUAAGGUCAGUGCCUAUAACAAGACAGAGACCUCUGGUCUGCAACCUGGGACUCAAUAAACCAGAAAAACUGCAUUGACAGGAGGUUUCUGUCUUUACAACCAGCUGACACUGCUGAAGAGCAGAGACGUAAUGGCUACUCAGAUGAUAGGAACCAAUUUAAAAGGGGGAGGGAAGUUAAAUUUUUAUGUAAAUUUGACAUGUGACACUUGAUAAUAGUAAUUGUCACCACUGUUUAUGUUUAACUGCCACAUCUGCCAUAUUUUUAUGAAAUGUAUGCUGCGAAUUUCUCACUUUUUGUUUUAAUUCACAGGUUGUUUACUAUUAUAUGUGACUAUUUUUGUAAAUGGGUUUAUGUUUGGGGAGAGGGAUUAAAGGUAAGGAAUAUUUACAUUUCUCUAUUGUAUAAUUGGAUAUAUUUUAAAUGAAGGCAUGCUGCACUUAUUCAUACAUUAAAAAAUCACAUCACAAAAGGAAAGAGUUUACUUCUUGUUUCAGGAUGUUUUUAGAUUUUUGAGGUGCUUAAAUAGCUAUUCAUGUUUUUAAGGUGUCUCAUCCAGAAAAUUUUUAAUGUGCCUGUAAAUGUUCCAUAGAACCCACAAGCAUUAAAGAAUUAUUUUAUUUUUACAUAAUUCAUUAUAUGUACAUGUAUAUAUGUAUAUAUGUAUAUGUGCGUGUGUAUACAUGUAUAUGUACACACACACACACACACACACACCCCAUUACACAGUCAUUCAGAGUCCCACAGCAUGACUAUAACAUGUUUGGUAAGUGUCCUUUGACAUAAAAUAAAAAUGUUCUAUCAGUCCUUUCUUGAACCUGAAUUGACCAAAAUGCAUCCCCCACAACCACUCUAUGAAAUUGAUUCUGCUUUUCCCUGCAGUAUUGUUUAGCCAUCUUCUGCUCUUGGUAAGGUUGACAUAGUGUAUGUCAAUUUAAAAAAUAAAAGUCUGCUUUGUAAAUAGUAAUUUUACCCAGUGGUGCAUGUUUGAGCAAACAAAAAUGAUGACUUAAGCACAGUAUUUAUUGCAUCAAAUAUGUACCACUACGUAUAGUUUGCAAGCUUUCAAAAGGUAAUAUGAUGUAAUUGGUUCCAUUAUAGUUUGAAGCUGUCACUGCUGCAUGUUUAUCUUGCCUAUGCUGCUGUAUCCUUCUCUUUCCACUGUUCAGAAGUCUGAUAUGGGAAGCCAUAUGUCAGUGGUGAAGUGAAACCAAUUGUUCUACCAAGACCUCAUUCUUUAUGUCGUUGAGCAAUAGGUUGCAGCAAAGAAGAGCUUCUUGCGUUUUAUUCUUCCAAUCUUAACUGAACACUGUAUGGUUAAAAAGCCCAACUGUGCAAACAUGUUGCCAGCUGCUUAAAUCUGUUGAAAAUCUAUGGUUAGAAUUUUCUAAGAAAAUAUAAAUACUGUAAAAAGUUCAUUUUAUUUUAUUUUUCAGCUUUUUGUACAUAAAAUGAGAAAUUAAAAGUAUCUUCAGGUUGAUGUCACAGUCACUGUUGUUAGUUUCUAUUUCUAGCACUUUUAAAUGAAAGCACUUCACAAAAUAAGAAGCAAAGACUAAGAUGCAGUGUAGGUUUCUGCUUUUUUAUUAGUACUGUAAAUUUUGCACACUUUUCAAUGUGAAACAAAUCUCAGAUUGAGCCCAACGUUUAUUUGCUUUCAGAUAGUGAUGCCUUAUCAUCAGGAGCAGCUUAAGGAAAGAUCAGCUGAUACUCUUGGCGUUGCUUGAAUCAGAUGUUUCCACCUAGUCUUCAUAUUGAGGAAAUCAUCAGUCUUCUCCAGUGUUUGUUUCUGCAGAUAGAUCUUAUUCUUAUCGACCCAUAUGGCACUAGAACUGUAUCAGCUAUGAUAUGGGAUCUAAGCUCUCCCCUCCCAAUCCCACCCACAAAGCCAGGUAGUGAAAUUAUAUUACCAGCUACAGCAACACAUUUUGCGUUUUUUUCACAAGCAACAUUAAAUGUAGAUUCUUUAUACUAAAGCUAUUGCCUUGUAGUGUGUUGGUGAAAUGCAUGCAGGAAAAUGCUAUUACCAUAAAGAACGGUAAACCACAUUACAAUCAAGCCAAAAGAAUAAAGGUUUUGCUUUUGUUUUUGUAUCUAAUUGUUCUGUCUUUGUUUCUAUCUUUGAAAUGCCAUUUAAAGGUAAAUUUCUGUCAUGUAAAUAUGAUCUAUUAGAAAAAAAUAAAUGUAAAGAAUACACAUGAAAUAUAAUAA